AUGCGCCGCCGUCCUGGCGUGUCGCUGGAUCACUUCACUUUCCCCUUCGUUCUCAAGGCCUGCUCUCGUCUCCAGCUGGGCAUGCAUCUUCAGUCGGUCAUUCUGAAGAUGGGUUUCGGCUCGGAUGUGUAUGUGCAGAACGCAUUGAUCGGUGUUUAUAGUGGCUGCGGCAGGGUGGCGGAUGCUUUGAAGGUGUUUGAGGAAAUGCCUGAGAAAGACGUGGUCUCUUGGUCUUCGAUGAUUGCUUGCUUUGUCGAUAAUGCUUCUGUGACAGAGGCCCUGGCUCUGUUUCAACAGAUGCAGAUUGAUGGCAGCGUGAAGCCUGAUGAGGUUACGUUGCUUAGCGUGGCUUCUGCCAUUUCGAGCAUCGGAGCAGGUGGAUUUGGGGACGUGGGUUGA